UUCUGCUGUAGCCUAGAAUAAAGCCGUUCUUUCUUGUUCUUUGAAAAGCAUAUAGCAUAAGUAUUGCCAGGCGCAAUAUAUAUAUAUAAUGGUCCCAGCUUGACUGUCUCACACAGAAAACUGAUUGGGAAUUAUGGGUCACAACAAGGAGCUGAUGAUUUUUGGUAUUAUCAUCAUGUGUUUGGCAUCAUACGGUUUGUCAGCAGUCAUCAGGGAAAAGGCUGAAGUAAGAGAAAAGCGAGCUAUGCCAAACUGGAGUAUGUCUGCCUCAGAUUUUUAUGGCUGGGUUGAAGAACUUCGAAGUCUGGCUGCGUAUGACAAAACUGAUGAAAUGGCUAGAAUCUACUGGGCUCAUUUUCCAAUUGCAUCUCAUUUGGGUUAUGAUGUACCUGAAGUUGAAGAGGAAGCUUAGAGAUAUCAAAUCAAAUGUACGCUAAACCUAUGACCUCAAUCUAUAUUUAUGAGCAUGUAAAUUAAUAUGGUGCCAUAUUGCAUCCAUUAUCACUUUUUUCUGUACCGGAAAAUUGAUUUGCUUUUCGA